AUGGAGGUUAGAAAAAUGCUAGUAAGUUUGAUCUCAGUUGUGAUCUUUGCUACCACGGUUGUGUUAGGGAUAACAACAAAAUAUUACACCUAUGAGGAGGAUGCGCCAGGAACGUUUAUUGGAAAUCUUUCAAUGGACCUGAAAAUCGACCCGUCCGAAGACCCGAACACAAGUUUCCGCUUCAUGCAAGAAGGAAAUUCAUCACUGAUUCAGAUGCGAAAGUGCGACGGGCUCCUUACGGUGGGACAGCGCAUUGACCGAGAGAAGCUAUGUCAGCGUUCCACACAAUGCCUGAUCACGUCUGACGUGGUGGUUUUCUCCAAGGAAAAGUUUCACCUAAUCCAUGUCGAGAUUCACGUGAGAGACAUUAAUGACCAUUCUCCGAUGUUUCCUCAUAACGAAAUACAACUCGAGAUUUUAGAGAGCAUGGCUGUGGGCACGCAUUUUCCGUUAGAGGUGGCCAACGACCUGGAUGUUGGAAACAACUACAUCCAAAGUUAUCAGCUGUUUCAUAAUAGUUAUUUUGAUAUAGAGGUGCGAACCGCCGAAGAUGACAUGAAAUUUGCUCAACUUGUGCUAGUGAAAGAGCUGGACAGAGAGAUUGAGGAUUCGUACACACUUCAGGUUACUGCAAGUGAUGGUGGGAGUCCUCCAAAGUCUGGAUCGGUGACAGUUCAUGUUAAGGUUUUGGACUCAAAUGAUAACAGUCCUCAGUUUGAGCACAAAAGUCUUAAAGUUGAACUCAAUGAAGACGCACCUAUUGGUUUUCUCUUGCUCAGGGUUCAAGCGUUCGACCCCGACCAUGGCCAGAAUGGUGACGUACACUAUGAUUUUGUGGAGGGUGUUCUCAACGACAUGAAAAACAAUUUUGACAUUGAUCCUUUAAGCGGUGCAGUGACCGUGAAAUCUAUGGUAGACUUUGAAGUAAGAAAAUCAUACGAGCUGAACAUACAGGCGUAUGAUUUAGGUGAGAAUUCCAUUCCAUCAACUUGCGCAGUUAUCAUUGAAAUUGUAGAUGUGAACGACAAUGCCCCAGACAUCACGAUCAAACCAAUGACGUUGAUGAAUGAAGGCAUGGCCUACAUCACAGAAGUGGCAGCGGUGGAGAGCUUCGUUGCUCUCAUCAGCGUCACAGACAAAGACUCGGGUGCUAACGGAUAUGUGCACGUAAGUUUGCACGGACACGAGCACUUUAAACUUCAGCAGGCGUACGGCGACAAUUUUAUGAUUGUCACCACAUCUGCUUUGGACCGAGAAAAGAUUCCUGAAUAUAACUUAACUGUAAUAGCGGAAGACCUUGGCUCGCCACCAUUUAAAACGUUUACUCAAUACACGAUAAGAGUUGGUGAUGAGAACGACAACCCCCCAUUGUUCAGCCAACCCGUCUAUGAAAUUUCAGUGAUGGAAAACAAAGCCCCGGGAUCCUACAUUGCUUCUUUAGUAGCUCGUGAUCCUGACGAGGCUGCAAACGGCAAAGUGACGUAUAAACUUCUGGAAAACGAAGUUGAAGGAGUCCUCGUGAGUUCUUUUCUUUCAGUGGACUCAGUUUCAGGGACUCUUUACACAGUGAGCUCACUUGACCAUGAGCAUGUAAAGCAGAUUGAAGUUGCCAUCCUAGCCACUGAUGGGGGUUCUCCUUCAUUGUCAAGUACUGCUCUGGUGAAGGUCAGGAUUGUGGAUGAGAAUGAUAAUGUGCCUUUUAUCACUUAUCCUGUUCUCAUCAACGGCUCCACAGAUGUGCCUAUACCGUACAAUGCUCCAGCUGGUUACAUUGCCUUGAGGGUUGAGGCCCAUGACAUGGACGAUGGGGUGAAUGCCGAGCUCUCUUACACCAUUCUGGAGGACAAAGAAAUACUGUUUUCCAUUAACAAAAAAUCUGGUGAGAUUGUGCUGAAGCACCGCCUAAUGUUCAGGUACGAUGAUGUGAUUGAAAUCAAAGUCAGAGUUAGCGACCUUGGUCGGACGCCUUUCUCUUGCACCGCCACAAUCCGUUUUGUGGUUUCAGAUACAGAACCUUUGGAGAAGCAAGUAAUGGUAGUUCUUGAGUCAAGUGAUGAAAAGGACGACCAUGAUGUAGACGUUUCCCUCAUUGUCAUUGUACUUCUGGGCACCAUGUGCGUAAUGUUGCUGGUUGCAAUUGCUGCAGUGGCCCUCUCACGCAGGACCAUCCACAGAGACGUGUCCAUCAGCAAAAUGGAGGGUGGCUCUGCGGGACACUUCAAAAAGACUCUGCUACCAUCACACAGUAUUGACUCAUCAGACACGAACAGCUUUUCUGGAGGCAGUACCACUGUCACAGAGCAAAUUUCAUCCUCAAGGGGUGACUCGUCUUAUGAAGAGGAACAGAGCAAGGACUCUGACAAUAAGGUGUUUCAACCUCUCUUCAAUAAGACUCAUUUUGAACCUCUGGCCAUUUGGCAAGGAGACAGAUAUGCACUUCAAACAAGUGUCUUCAAGACCACUGAUCAGAUGAGUGUGAAGGACAGCGGGAAAGGAGACAGUGACUUCAAUGACAGUGACUCUGACACUGGUGGAGAAGCAGGUCAAAAGAUGACCACCCUUAAUCACCGACAUGCUAGAAGUUCAUUCCACACUGGACCAAUGAGUGGAACUUGCUCAGCAAGAGAGAUCCCAACACACGCUUCCAGCACUCACGUGGGUAAAAGUGGAUACACUUUAGCAUAUCAGAUGCCAGUCUGCAGCCAGCGCCUGUCUUCUCAUGUCCAAGGACCUUCUUGGAGGGACUAUGGUUAUAAUACAGUUCUCCCACGAGCUUCUGAGCAAACACAGGAAUCCAGAUGUCACAGAAUGGGAAUGCUGCCUUCACAGCUUUAUUACAACCAGCCUGCACAUGCUCAGAUGGACAGACAAGGCCCAGCUACCAAGGAGCCAACCUCAGACAUGGCCACCACACCUGUAGUGUCAUUUUGAAGACAGACUGUGAUUAUAUAUAUGAUUGUCUUUCAGUGCUCAAAUGUGAAUGUUACAUUUAACCAAUCAUUUCAACCAGUAUUUAAAGCCAGAAAACUUUCAUUCAGGAGUGAAUGUAAUGCUUUUUCAUCGAUUGUUUGUUACUGAGAGCAUUCUGAUUGUGUGAUAUUUGUCUGCUUUCUGCUUUGUUCUGUUUGUAACAUA